AAUCUUGUGAAACUUUGUUGUAAGUUAAUGUAUUUCCCAUAUCUUCUGCAAAAGAUACAAGAUGUUCCAUAGUAAUGUGGAGCUGAACAUUAUUUUUCUUCUAACUGGUUGUGUGGCAGCUUUCAGCCAAUUUCCCUCUCCACGUAUUUUCUUGAAUGUUCUUUCUGACAAAGUGACUGAAGGAGAUUCUUUCAAGAUAGCAUGUUUUGCACCCAAUAAAUACGUGGAUGGUUGGUUUUUUUUGUUCAAGAAUAAUGAAUCCAAGGCACUGAAGACUUUGCCUGCUGCAGAGGCUCAACAUAAUGUUACCUUCCUUCUGGAGAAUGUCAAAACUAGAGAUGGGGGCAGGUAUAGAUGCCAGUAUGGGCUCUACAAUGGGAGCCAGUUUCAGAAGUCUGAAUUUAGCCAGGACCUGGAGAUUACAGUGAAGGGUGCAGCCUGGUUUCUCCCCAUUACCCUUGGUGUAACUGGAAUACUGCUUUUUGUUCUGAUCCUGUCUGCAGCUGUGGGAACAACCGCAUACUUUAAAAGAAGAAAGAAGAAAAGGAAGCUGAAGUCCUGCUGGGCAGAAACAAGCUAUCCCACUGCAGAGACAUCCUUUGCCAACUCUAUGUUCAUCAUUUCAGAGGAAAUCAAACCAACAGUAGAAAACCCAGGUGCUUCAAUCUCCUCAGCUACCAAUCCAAGACUAGUAUCCAGAAUCUCCAUGGAAAAGCAAAAUUUCUCCACAUUCAGAGCAUCAGAAUGAAAUCCUAAAUGAAAACAUAUCUGAGUAUAAAAAUACAAAAAGAAUUAGAUAACCAUCUGCACCAAAGCUUUUGCUCACCUUUUCUAAGCAAAGGGACAGAGAGGCACCUGCAACUGGUCACAUUAAGCCCAAAAUGUGAUUAACAAUGUCAGGAUGGAAAUACCAAAGGAGUGGAUUUUGCAUUGGAAUUUUGUGAUGCAUGUUUCAUUGUUUGUCUCCUAUGGACUGACAUAGUGGGACAUUCAGAAUAUGUUUCUUAGUUCAAAGCAAUAAAGGUUUGUGACAUCUUAAAGAUUAACAUGUUUAUUAAGGCAUAAAAUCUAAAACUCACCCAUGAUUAUCCUCAUUCAUAGGUAAACAGAAAAUAAUAAACAGGGAAAAUCAUAAUAUAUUCAACUGGAACAAAUUAAACUGCUGGU